GAGAAAAAAAAAGAGAGUGAGAGAAGAGGGAGACUCGAGGAAGAAGAAGAAAAACAUCCGCACAUUAGACGAGAUAUGCUGUCAUAUAUAUAUAUAUAUAUCCACGGUUUACGACGUUUCGUAUUAACGCGGAUGCCUAACGCAGAUACCGAUGCCCAGCCUAUGAGGUCCUAUCCUGUCUAUCUCAAACCUGUGCGACGCGCCUCCGUACCGAACCCACGCCACCCCUCAACCGCUACCUAAUUACCUCGUACUCUCCUAGCACACCACCUGGGCCUUCCCCCGAGCCGCAUUGCCCGAGGAGAGACACCGAGACCCAGAGAGAGACCGCUCACAGACACCAUGUCGACGGGAUUGACGAGACGCCGCGGAGCAGGCGGCGGCAGCGGCACCACCAGCGAGGAGCCGAGCAAUGGCGCCAGCCGUUCCAGCUCCGCUCAGAACGCACGCGACAGCGCCCCCGAGACGAGCUACGAGAACAGCGAAAACGGACACAAGAUUGCCUUCGACCCCCGCGACAUCAGCGAGAGCGCCGAGAGGAGCAAGCAGCCGAAACUGACUUUGAUGGAGGAGGUUAUAUUGCUGGGUCUCAAGGACAAGCAGGGCUACCUCUCGUUUUGGAAUGAUAACAUCAGCUAUGCCUUGCGGGGCUGCAUUGUCCUCGAGCUAGCCUUCCGCGGUCGCGUCAGCAUGCAGAAAGACGCCUCUCGGCGGCGUUUCCCCUUAGCCGACCGCACUAUCGAGGUCAUCGACGACACCCUGACCGGCGAGGUGCUCCUGGACGAGGCCCUGAAGAUGAUGAAACAGAGCGAGAAGAUGAGCGUCAGCGCUUGGAUCGAUCUCAUGAGCGGCGAGACUUGGAACCUCAUGAAGAUAGGCUACCAGCUGAAGCAGGUCCGCGAGCGCCUGUGCAAGGGCCUAGUCGACAAAGGCAUACUCCGCACCGAGAAGCGCAACUUUCUGCUCUUCGACAUGGCCACCCACCCCGUCGCCGAUGGUGGUGCUAAGGACGAGAUCCGCCGCCGCGUUAGAAACGUCUUGACUCAGCGCACCGUUGUCCUGCCCGCCUCGCAGUUCCUUCCCGAGAACCUCGAGUUCCGCUACAUCCGGACCAUCUCCAUGGUCUGCGCCGCCUACGCCGCCAACGUGUUGGAGAACGCCCUGAGCACGCUCGGCCACGAGGCCCGCGAGCGCGCCUUCACCCAGACCGACGAGCUGCUCGCCGAGUAUUCCCAGUGGCCUUUCGGCAGGAAGGCGAGCUCUACCGGCAUCGGAGCGAACCUCCCACAAGUCAUAUCCGAGGUCAGCACGGGCAAAGACAAGGAGCUUCAACUCGAAGUUGUGGCCGCCUGCCUGAGCGUUUUCACUCGUCUCGACUCACUCCUGUAGACGAGCUUGCUCCUUUUCCGUCUUAUUCUACCACAAACUAUUUUUCUCUUUUUCUAAACAUGUAAUGAUGUCUGGCAUCUAUAUUGCCAAAAACUCUGUACUCGGCGUUUGCCCACAUACCCGUCCAAAAACCCAGACCCGCUUCUUCGCCAUCCCGCAACGAAAAAAAAAAACGAGAAUACAACCGAUUUCCCGCCCGAGAUAUUUCGAUGUUGAAGCAAACGACUGGUUCUGGA